AUGAGAAACCGCUCUGGGCCAGGGAAGGAGGAGAAAAGUCACAGCGUCCUGCCUCCUCGCCCCCACCACACCCCCGCAGCCGGCCACAGUGGGACCCAGACGGGCUUGAGCCUGCGCGGAGUCCUGGGGGCACACAGUGCAGCCCUGCACCAGCCUGUCCUAGACCCCCCGGGAGCCGCCGCCUCCCAGGCCUCUCUGCUGCUCCGACGCGGGAUCGGCGUCCGUUUGGGGUUACCAGGGGCACGGGGGUACCCUUGGCUCACUGCUGUGACCCUCACUCAUAAACAGAACAUUCUGAGCGAUUUCCUAGCGGCACAGGAGCGGGCCACGUGGGGCCAGCAUGUGACCCGGAGCGGAUGGACCCCGCCCAGGAAGACAGGACACAGGCCCGAGGGAGACGCUUUCCAAGAAAACCCCUCUGAGGGCAGCAGGGGCCUGGGGUCAGGAGUCUGGAGCGAGAGUGGCCAACGCCCAAUCUCUGCACUCGUGCCCGAUGGGACAGCAGCCCGCAGCCAGGAGGACACGAGGGAGAGAAACCAGUGGAGCCCCCUUGGCCGCCCUCCGCGCCCCACACUGGCCGCGCAGGAAGAAAACCCUGGGAAGAAAGGCGCCUCCCCAAGUGACUUCAGCUGCUGGAAACCUCAGGUAUCUGCAAGGCUCACUGCUAUGAGCCUUCACUCGUUCACAGCACCACCUCAGCGAGGCCUGCCCAGCCACGACACUGGCUGCUCUUUGCCCGGUUUUCUGCCGUGCUUCCUCCCGACCCGGCUGUCAGGUCCCUCCAUCAGGACAGAAGCUCCCCAAGGACAGAGGCUCCUUUUCACACCGAACCCCCUGAGCAGCUCAGCCUCCGCCCAGCAGCCGCGCUCAGCAGCCAAACUGUGGAAAGCCUAGAUGUCCAUCGACAGACGAAUGGCUGAAGACAUGGUGUCUGUGUACACACGGACGGACAGACGGACACACACACACCGGAGUACUACGUACCCAUCGAAAAAACAAAACAAAACCCCGAACCAUUUGCACCAACGUGGACGGAACUAGAGGGUAUGACGCUGAGUGGAGUAAGUCGGUCAGAGAAAGACAAUUCCCACACGGUAUCCCUGACAGGAGGAACUCAAGCAACAAGACAGGAUCGUGGGGCAGGGAGGGGAAAGUGAAGACGAAACCGGAGAGAGAGACAAACCAUAAGAGACUCUUCAUCUCAGGAAACCAGCGGAGGGUUGCUGGAGGGGAGGGGGUGGGGGGCUGUAGGGGUGGACGUCGGGGAUGGGCGUCAGGGAGGGCGUGUGCCACGGUGAGUGCUGAGUUGUAGGAGACGGAUGACUCACAAACCUGUGCCCCUGGAACAAAUAACACAUUCUGUGUUAACCAUGAUAAUAAAAAGACGCCACUUA